AUGCCCUCCAUUCUUUCAAAGGUGUUCAAAAGCAAAGAUGGCACAGGAGCACCAUCCAGGCCGAAGAAGGCUACCAAUGGUGUACCGCCAGUUACUCCUCCGCCAAAGCCAAAGUGGGAAGAUGCGUGGCUCAGGAAGCAGGUGGAGCCAGAGGAAGUGCAAGAACUGAUUAGAGAGUGCACGAAUGAAUUGAAAGCAAGAGCUAUCGACAUGCCCUUCCUUCUUCUUCCUUUUCGACCCAACACAGACCCCAGUGGCGCCAAAAACUUCAUUCGAAACUACUUCAAAUCGAGUAUCAACAAGAAUGCACCAGUGCUUCGUGGAGAAUCACUUCAGCAGGAGCUACGAUUAACGGAGCCAAUCGUGAUCUGCAGUGUGUUGAAGUGGUGCUGGAGUAGAAUCCCAGGGGGUGUGGUUACUUGGGAGGCAUAUGAACUUUUUCGCAUCGGCGAGCAAGACUCCGACUGGGCCCGAGACGCUUUUGCAACCUUUAUUCCCCUUAGUGUUGACACUGACGCCCGAGCCAAGAUUGUCUUCGACUUUUUCGAUCUCAUGGCUGCUACGGCAGCUCAUGCGAAAUGGAAUGGGCUGAGUGGUCGCAAACUCGCUCGCUUGGCUGGAUGGUGGGCCUUUGAGCACACGGACCUUCAAGAAGGAUUUGACGGUGGUUAUAGGUCCUGGCAAAGUGCUGCUGAUGCCACGAGCCAUCUCUUUUUUGCAUAUCUUCGAUCGUUGUCUCCGGACUCAGUUAGAGGCAUCAAUGGAAUAUCGGCAUUGCCUUUAUCGCUGCAAAACCUUCUCGAGACGACCGAAUAUCCUCCACAGUCCGCUCCGCAUGUUCAGGAGCCGAUACCGAAAUUGGUCAUGAUUGUAGACUCCGUCUCCCCUACCCCAUUUUCUCUUCUGCGCCGCGCUAGAAAUUUCGAGUUUCGAGAUGAAGAUGAAGCCUUGCACCAAUUUUCAGAAUAUGAUGACCCAGUGCAGGCCUUGACUGAAGAGUGCCGCAGGGUUCUAAGAGCUAUCUCAUCGACAAACCAGUCUGACAUUUCGAGUCCAAAGGAUGCCAUCAGCUCGCCAGAUGCGUCUUGGUCUCGUUUUGAGGACAUUGGCUUUUCAGGUCUUUUAGACGACCCGAAAUCAGCAGGCGAUUCAGAACGCUCAGCAAUUUCCAGCCGACAUCGUUCACCGGAGGGCUUGAGAAGCGCUCCUCAGUCUCGUUCGCACGGUCGUGGCGGUCGCCCAACCACUCCAUCCUGGGCCGAUUUCCUCUCUUCUGGGUUCGGAGAUGAGGCCAACAGUCGAACUGCUGUGCCGCUACUGCUUCCGCCUGACAAGAUUCUUCCUCCCAUCGAUACCUCAACCAGCUCCACUCUCAAUUCAACCCGACUAGAAGAGGAUCUGUAUCAGGAACCUGGUGAACUUGCGAGCGUCAAUAAGCUCAAUCUUGACGACUCUUUUUGGUGGGUAUGGAUGACGAGUCUGGCAGACGAGGAGACGACAGAGCGAAAAUCAGUGUUUGGACGUUGUGCGCUCAUCGAGACGGACAUUGCGGGGGCAAGAUGGCUUGUGAUUGAGGAAAAAGUCAAAGGAGCAGCACCUGUGGAAGAAGAAGGCGCUUAUAUUGUUGAGAAAAAGGGCCGUUUUGGGUUCACCAAGCGUGGAAAAUCCGCUCAAAGUAAAUCAAAGAGUCGAAAGGCGUCGGCGCCCACUAUGCCGGAGCCCUACAAUCGUACAAACGCAAGCACCCCACAAAGCCGAACAAACAUUGCACCGGACCAGCAUGCUCGAAUCCACGCUGCGGCAGCAGCUUUGCAACAAAGGCAGCGGCAGAAUGGGCUGGAGCUGACGGAUUCAAGGGACACAAGGCGCACGAGAAAGGGCGAUGGAGUGUCCAUGAAGACAAGUAGUAUUUUCACUUUGCAGCCGUUGAUCAUGAGUGAAGCUGCCGACGCGAUGAAGUGGACUAAUAGAUUUGAUAAAGAGGCCUUACGCGCCGCGUACCUCGGCGAUAAUUAUCAUGGACGGGGAUACUCCACUCACGUUAUUGGCAGGCAGGAUGGUCUCGCACGAGUGGCUUCCAGCACGGCUGACACAGUAUCAGUUUGGACGAGGAAGGACGAACGAGACCUGCCGGCUUUGCCUCCGGAAGAAGAGGAUUCCCACGCGCCGACUGAAACACCGAUCAGUUCUGUCCCUGCCGUCGAGCCCGCCAAUGAGGGAUUAUCUAAAGAAGAUUCAAAUCUUCCAUCUUCGCUACCGUCAAGUCGUCGUGAGUCGCCAGAAAAGCAAGCGCGUGCGCCCGAGGCGAUUGAUCCCCCUACGAAAAAGGGUAGUGACCCCAACCUCCCUGUCAAUGGUGCUUUGCAAGCGCCAGCGCAAUCCUCAGAUACCAGGGACACCAAUAACUCACUAGAGAAGAAAAUUCGCCAAAACAAGCUCAAAAAGAGCCAUCACGGCGGCGGUGGAUUGAAGAAAGUUUUCGGAAAAAAGAAGCCCGAAGCAAAGGACAAACAAACUGGGCGUACGCCUGAUACCCGAUUUCCAGUGCAAUCCUCUGAGCAGGUCAAAUUGGGACGCCGGCUUUCUGCUCUUGGGAAGCACUCCGCCGGGUCUUCGCCAUCUGUUGCUACCUCUGAUGCUGCCACUAAUGAGCCGCUUGAGCGGCCUGCUGAGCCUUCGCCGGCAGCCGAACCUAGGGCUAACCCCACGGAUGAAUCUUUGGUUGCUGCUCCUACCGCUGCCACAGAGCCUGAGCUUGGACCCGUUCCCUCGCAAGAUUACCAGGCCAGCCUCUCUGGGGUAGACUCGGAAGAGACUCACAGCAAUAGCCAGGAGCGCCCAACUGCGAAUUUCACCGAAGGCCCUCUGCAGGAUGUACCUGCUUUUAUUCCCGAUGAAACGCCUGCUUCCGAAAAAGAGCCUGAAUACGAGUUUGUGACGCCGAGUGAGCAAGGACCUCCACAAGCCAGUAUUUCAGAAAUCUCCCACGAGGACCUCAGCCAACAGGCCUCGUCUGCACAAGAUCGCUGGGCUCAAAUCAGAAAGAACGCCGCGGAGCGUGCGGCGAGACAGAGCGAAGAUCAAUCCAGACCGAGCAACAGCGCCCGAACGGAUGAGGAUGAAACUAGUGGAGAAGAAACUAUUGAAUCUCGAGUGGCCCGAAUCAAAGCUCGUGUAGCAGAGCUCACGGGUAACAUGGAUCCCUACGAAAUCCCAAGACGUUAA